AUGAAACGGUGGGUUGCAGAGCAGCUGCUGAUUUCCUUCACUGUUCUACUAUGCGUCCCCGUGCUUUCUAUACCGAAUGAUGUGCCUUGCUACGACGAUACGUGGAUGUAUUCGGAUGUGGGGGGCAAAUGUUACAAGCUGAUUAGAAGUGAUCAACCCGUCAAAUUUGCUGACGCAUCGUACUCUUGUAUACAGGCACUGUUGGGGAAGUCAAAUGUACAAGUUCGACUGGUCCAAUUCGACGAUGAGACCGAGCUGCGUGCUCUGAUCGUAAACAUGCUUAGCCUGGGUAACAUGGAACCGAUUUGGCUAGGUGCAUAUCGUAAUGCGAAUCAGAAAGAAUUCCGAUGGCAAAAUAGAACUGAUCCGGUACAAUUUCCCUAUCUGGAAUGGUCCGGUGGAACUGGACCAGGGCAAUGUUUACAGCUAUCCUAUCUAACAUCCGCACUUCCGACUUCGACCAAUUGGAAGGCAGAUGUGACUGUACAAGAAGUGGACUGUGACGAGAAAUACAAAUACGUGUGUGAGCAUCAAGUUCCCUUUUGUCAAAACCCACCGGGUGGAUUUAACGAGACCACGAUGAUCUUCAGCCCAUUGAAACCGGCUCCGCGCAAAGUGGUCACCGCAGUCUGUCAGGAUGGCAGUUACAUGGCUACCACGUCAGUCGGGAAUCCAAAUACCGAUCCCGAUGUGAAUUCCACACUGAAAGCAAACGAAUACUAUUGUGAUGGUCUACGAGACACCAGUUCAACAAGUGGAAGUGCUGAUCCAAAACUUUACAAACCGCAUUUCAGAUAUUCCGGCUACACUGUUCCCGAAUGUACUCACAGUAUACCGCAAUUACCUCCCGGAGCUACUGAGCUGAACUUUGAUUACGGAGCCACAAUUGAUUUAAACUGCUCCUAUGGGUACGUGAGUCGUAUGAAUGCAUCGAGCACAGUGAGUCAGAUAAAAUGCACCGAGGUCGAUCAGCACACGAAUAAAGGGGUAUGGAAUCCGGAUAUCUAUCAAAUGUGUGUAGCUACCGUUACUUUGUGGAAGUCAUUGAGUGUCAAUUGCAUAAUAGAUCUAAUGUCUGCACUUAAGAAGGCAGCCACAAAGCACAUGGUUGAAGCCAAAGAUGCAGGCUUUAACCCAAUGAUUCUUUAA